GGCUGGCCUUAGUUUCCUGGCAACUGGGCAAAUGGCAAAUCAAUUACCGUUUGUUUGGAACUGUCAGGAAAGGUGUGAAUUUUUCACACUUGCACUGCGCUUCGAGCUGUUCAAUUGAUUGGCAACGGAUUCAUUUCUGUGACCAUGUCCACGAGUGUGCUGAACACGAUUCUGGCCGUGGACAAGGAGCAGGAGCUGCUGCAGAGCUUUAUACGCACUGGCGCCACGGCAGAGGAGGAGUCAUUGGAUGAGUCGAACAAAAGGUCAAAGGGUCGCAGUCGUGCCUCCCACAAGCCGCCCAUCUGGGAGAGACGCGACUCGUAUGGCGGCGGCGGCGGUGCCGGCGGUGCUGGCAAAUCCGCCUCAGAUCGUGCCGCCCGGCGAACUAGCAAGCAUCCGGAUGAUUUGGAUGCUGGCGGCUCCAAGCGCGGCAAUCGCAUCGAGGCCGAGCUGCGCGCGGCACGCAAACGCAUCGAGGAGCAGAUGCUGAAGAAAAAGAAGCCCAAGGAGAACUUCGUGGACUUCUACACGGACAAGGAUCGGGCGGCGGCGGUCAGUGCGGGCGCCUUCGACAUCAAGCAGAGUCUGCAGAUCAAACAGAAACAGGAUCGCAACGAGGCGCUGCUCAUACCCGACGAGGCCGACAUCAGCUCGAUCAUUGCGCUCGGCUUGAAGGAGAUCAAAAAUGCGAAUCCCGAGAAUGCCAUACAUUUCUUUUGCAAGGCACUGGAGCUGAAUAACACGGAUAUCAAUGCCCUAAUCUCGCGCAGCAAAUGCUAUUUGCUGCUGGGCGAGGCAUCGAAGGCGCUGCAGGACGCGGAGACGGCGCUCGCUGAGGACAAGAACAACAUACGCGCCAUCUACCAAAAGGCCGAGUCGCUCUACUACCUCGGCCAGUUCGAGCAGAGUCUGAUGUUCUUCCAUCGCGGCCUGCGCGCACGGCCGGAGCUCGCGCUGUUUCGCCUGGGCGUGCAGAAGACCCAGGAGGCCAUUGAGAACACCAUUGGCACCAAGACGCGCGCCAAUCAGCCGCCGGCCACGGCCAAGAGCGGCGUCUCACGCAUAUCGGGCGACAACACGCCCAAGUCCCAGUCGCUGUCGCAGCCCGGACGCCAGCGGGCCACCAAGGCGGAUCUGGAACGGCGCAAUGCACGCAAGCUGCUGGGCGAGCUGUGCGUGGACAAGGAGUACCUGGAGAAGCUGCUGCUGCAUCCGGAUCUGAUACGCGCCGACACCAACACGGAGAAUAUCUCAGCCCUGGCCAAAGAGGCCGUUUGCUUCCUCAACAAGCGGCAGGAGUUCUGGCGCCAGCAGAGGCCCUGCACAGCGCUGCCGAAUCAUAAGAAUCUGCCCAAUGAUGCGAUACCCAAGUGGUUCUAGAUGGCCCAACAGAUUGACUAUUCAUUAGGCAGGCAAAGAUCUCUGCUAGACGUCUCCAUAUCACAAGCCUUUAUCCAAUGCUUCCUCUCUAGCUAAAUAGUUGUAGAUUAAGGCCUAGACUAUAUAUGUGUUUAAGUAUUACGUUUUCCGUUUUGAUUACAAGUUAGAAACU